AUGGGAAAAAUGAAAGCAGCCCCUCACUUCCUGCCGUUCUACCCCACGAUCGAGCUGGACACCGGCGCGAAGGUGAAGCAGGUGCCCGACUGGCUGAAGAAGCAAGCCCCGGAGGACGCGGCCACGGGCAAAGAGUACAUUGGCCGUCUGAUGGGGAAAGUCACUUUGAAGGUCGCGUGCUUGAGCGCGGUCCGUACCAAGCUCCUCGCCGCGCACAAGGUCAAUUUUGUCAAGAUCCAGAGCAGGCCGUGCUUGGUGGUGCGGACGUGGGACCAGGACGGGGAAUUCACGAGCCGCGCGGGAGAGCACGUCCCCGUGUGCCGGCUGCUGGACGCCGUCACGACCGGCCUGGUCACCUCGUGCGCGGUCGUCGCCCCUUCGUCGGGCACUACUAUUAGUGCUGCUGGUGGGAAGAGGGUCGGUCAUACUGCUGCUGUUGGUGUUGGCACCUCCGCCGCCGCCGCCGCCGCCGCUGCCCCUCCGGCGAAUGAUGGGUGCGACGGCGGCGAUGGUACCGGGGAUGUCUCUUCAGCCGUCGCUGCUUCGGAGACGAACGAGGCCGCUGACCUGCUGCAACACGUCUACGCUCUCCAGUCGUCCCCGUGGAAGCGGCCGAUGCUGAGAGCCCUGAGCACGCACGUGCCCACCGAUUACGGGUUGGCCGUCACGUACUUCAUCUACACCAGCAGGCUUCUCUUCGAGCUCAUCGCGGACCCCGCGAUAAGCGGCAUGAUGAAGAGCCUCGAGCCCGUGGCGCAAGUGACACCCCCCGCCGUCAUCGAAGAGCAGCCCGUGCAGUUCGUCUCCACCCGUCCAGGCGUACGACGAACCCCUGCCGCCUCCCCUCCUUCGACCGUUGCGUCCGGGACCUCCUCGGGCACCGCCGCCGCCGCUUGCGGCCGCAUGGGUACCAAUGGCGGCGGCAGCAGCAGCAGCAGCAGUAGCAGUGGAAGGCGAGGCGGCAGUAGUGCAGGUGGUAGAGGGAACGCCCAGAGAGACGAAGACCGGAGUAAGCGGGGCGGCCGCGGCGGGGGCGGAGGCGGCGGCGGUCGUGGCGGCUCCAGUAAUGGCCUUACUGCGGUUGCUGUUGCUGCUAUGGCGGCGGCGGGUGGCGGUGGUGGCGAUGACUCGGGCGUGGCGGCGACGUCUGCGGCGCGGCGGGAGUACGACUUCUCACUGGCAGGGAUACUGAAGUCGGCGGAGAGCUCCGGGUACCGGGUGGUUGACCCCCAGGCAUCGAUCACCAGCAUCGACCUCGCUGAUUGGUCGACCGCCGAAUUGGAGCCGCCUCACAUCACGGGGGGACUCCUUUGCGAGGAGAUGGGGCUCGGAAAAACGAUAGAGGUGCUGUCGACUAUCCUUGCAAACCCUCGCGACGGAGGCGCUCACUCCUCGCUCGAGCACCGCAAGUCCCUCCGGGAGCAGCACGGCCGCCACUAUGACAGCGGGAGGAGGCUGGUGUCUCGCGCCACGCUCAUCGUCGUGCCCGUGUCGCUCGUGGGACAAUGGGCCGAGGAAAUCCGCAAGAACUCGAAGCCCGGAGCGCUGCGUGUGAUGACCCUGGCCGGGGUCGUGGAGCGUCAAGUACCUCUCUCGGAGAUUAUCCUUACCGGCGCGAACACUUACGCCAGGACAGGGAUGGCCAGGCAACGGAGGACGUGCUUGGCUCCGUACCAGCCCGUCGGGUCGAUAGACGUGGAAGGAGCCCCCUACGAGGGUUCGUGCCUCCGAAAGGCAAGGCCAUGUGGAACUCACGGCUGAACAAGUUCGAAGAAUCGAAAACCGAAGACUGUUCGACAGCGAUAGUAGCGACGACGCUAACCUAGCAUCAAGAGCAGCAUCUGCAGCAUCAACGGCGUUGGG